AUGGCCCCCAGGAAAAAAGGCAAACAGCCCAGUGAUAUUCUCAAUGCGCCCACUUCUGCACCCGCUCAAGCUGCUCAGCAGCAACUUCUUAGACGAGGGCAUAGCGCUGCUGCUUCCACCCCUGAUCCUUCUGAAGAGCCUGCUGGACCUUUAAUCAAUCCUCUGUCCCAGACUCAGGAUAUACAGUGUGAUGGUUCUGAAUCCACCCCUU